AUGAACGGUUCUGCUAAUUACGAUGCUCUACUAACAGGAUACGUCGGCGAUCCAAAUUUCUUGCUUAAACUGGCUGAAAUAGCCAAAGAUAUCAAAUCAACCAAUCCACAAAGCAGAUUUUAUUGCGAUCCUGUCAUUGGGGAUAACGGCAAAAUCUACGUCCCAGAGGAAUUAAUUUCUAUUUAUAAGGAGAAAAUUCUUACUAUAGCUGAUGUUCUUAUGCCAAAUCAAUUUGAAGCAGAGCUUCUGACCGGAUGUAAAAUAACCGAUGAACAGUCGGCUAUUAAUUGCAUUGAUACUCUCCAUUCCACUUAUCGAAUUCCCACUAUCAUAUUUACCAGCACGGAAUUACCCUUCGUUGAUGAACACGGAGAUGCACUUCUCGCUACUUACAUAAGUCAUCAGCCAAAGUUAGCGGAAGAGCGAAAGUGCAGACAGUUUUCCGGUGAUUAUUCUCGGGAAGCUCAAUUGGUCAGAGCUCUCUUCCCCAAACUAAAUGCAACCUUCUUUGGCACUGGCGAUCUAUUCGGUAGUCUUACCCUGAUCUACUUUGAAAAACAAAAUGGUCAAUUUGACUUGAAAGUGAGUUUUAAGGUUUGCGAUGCCUUGGAACUGUUAGUAUGCCUUAGUGUUUCGCCAAUGAUUACAUCCACCACAUUUUUGCAAUAUUCGACGCCAGUUUUUACGAAGAUUAGGUUCCAAGAUUUAUACCUUUCUUAA